ACAUUAAACGAGUUUUAAAAUCAGGCGGAUAUAAUGGUCACCAAUGCAGGGUCCUUUGGGUGCAGAAUACGACAGAUGCGCAUGUUGUUGUGUCUUUCUGUUUUUACAACUCAGCGCUCUGAUCAUGAACAGACGACUGCUCCUGGUGUCCAACUCCACGCUGUAUGGAGGAGGAUAUCUCCAACACUGUCAGCAGAACAUCUCGGACUUCUUCGGGAAACAGGUCAAGAGGAUCCUGUUUGUCCCGUACGCUCUACAUGACCGGGACCAGUACACCAAGACGGCCAGAGACAAGCUGACUAGUCUGGGUUAUGAAGUGGACAGUGUUCACGAGGCUGCUGACCCCGUCGAGGCCGUGUGUAAAGCUGAGGCCAUAUUCAUUGGUGGAGGAAACACAUUCCGUCUGCUCAAAGCCCUCUACGAUAACAACCUGGUGACUGAAAUUAGAAAAAGAGUGCUUCAGGACGGAGUUCCGUACAUGGGUUCGAGUGCUGGCACUAACGUGGCCACAGUUAGCAUUAACACCACUAACGACAUGCCCAUCGUUUACCCCCCCAGCUUCUCUGCCAUCGGCCUCGUCCCAUUCAACAUCAACCCACACUACCUGGACCCUGACCCUAACAGCAGGCACAUGGGGGAAACACGUGAGCAGAGAAUCACUCAGUAUCAUGAGGAGCUGAACACUCCAUGUGUGUUGGGUCUGAGAGAAGGAUCCCUGCUGCUGGUAGAAGGAAACACAGCCACGUUACUCGGCACCACCAACGCUCGACUCUUCCAGAGGGGGAAGCAGACGAGUGAAUAUGAACCUGGCAGUGACCUGAGCUUCUUACUGACCGAUGUACAAUAACAGAGCAGAUCAGAAACCAGGACAGAGAAGAUCAUCACCACAGGGAAUUCUGGGAAACGCCUCUGAUCAAAUCUCUAAUGAAAGAAUUUUUAAUAAAAAUAUUUGAUACUUUUCUGAAUUUUUUCUGGAGCAUUAAAACUUC